GUUAUCUGUGGAGGUGGGCCAGCAAUGUGCGACAUCUGCAAGGCUGCUCGUAGUGGCACAACGUUUCAUCACGACAACGUGACGCGUGAAGCACAGAUCGCCGCGCAGUUCUUGCGUGCAGUACGCAGCCUCCCCGCGCAUGGUGGCAGUCCCAUCACCUUGAACACUGUUCGUGAUGCCUUGCUCGGUGCCAAACACCAGAAGCUGGCUCGCUGGCAAGACGUGCCCGGAUUCGGACUACUGGGCGACAAUGGCUGGUCUGACAGGGAAAUUCUUCGGCUUCUGCGCCGGCUGGUGAUUGAGUCGAUCUUGGCAGAGGAGAUCACCACGCCAGUGGGAGCGAGCGGCAAUGUCACAGUGGCAUACUUGAUCGAGGGCCAUUGCAUCAAUGCCCUGCUACAAGGCGAAAUGGCAGUGUACCUUUGCCGUGACACCAAGCCGCCACAGACCAGCACGACCUCGAAGCGUCGGAUUUCUCGCACGGCAACGAACAGCCGGAAGAAGGCUGCUGCGGCGAAAAGUGCAGCUCGAGUCCGUUCACCAGCUGUAGCACAGUCAGCUUCUUCAGCACCAUCGCAAGAAGCGGGAUUGAAUCCACAGCAGCCUGUCUGGCACUCACACCAGCCCCCUGCACACCAGGCCCAGCUGCCCAUGCAGAGCAUGCAACCAGCUUUUCAACAGCAGCACGUUAUGCAGUCACCUCCGCAGCAAUAUCCACAAUUGCGGCAGGCGUACCAGCACCAAAACCAACAGCCGGUGCCGCAACAUUGGCAGAUUCCGCAAUCACAGGGCCAGCCAAAUCUUCAGUCUCAGUUCCUGAAUCCACAGGCAGCCCCUGUCCUGCAGCAGCAGUUUCAACAUGCUCCAGGGCCAUAUCAACAGCCCGGUGGGCAUGUCCCACAAUUUCGGCCUCAGUAUGAGGAGCUCCCCCAGCCAGGCCACCCCCACAACCACCAACCACUUGGUCGCCAGCUUUCCCAACCCAGCGUAGCUGCGAUGCAGUCCCAGUACCUGCAAGCUGCACCGCCGCAAGCCACACAUUUGCCGCCGCGACUCCACACCGACAUCCU